UCCUAGCUUGAUGCAGGGGUGCUGUCGACAGCCUGCAGCUUCAGAAAAUAAAGCAGACUAAUUUAUCCCGGGUAUUAUAAUCGUGCCGGAAGAUGGUGGCUAAACAGAGGAUCCGCAUGGCCAACGAGAAACACAGCAAGAACAUCACGCAGAGAGGAAACGUAGCCAAGACGCUGCGACCACAAGAGGAGAAGUAUCCUGUGGGUCCCUGGCUGCUGGCUCUCUUUGUAUUUGUUGUGUGUGGAUCAGCCAUAUUUCAAAUCAUCCAGAGCAUCCGUAUGGGGAUGUGACGCAGAAGGAGCGUCCGUACCCCACUCAUGCCCUCCCUGAGCCUAGCUAGCCCUAGGAGACUUACGCCAAAGCUUCGGAUCCAGCAGACCUCAGAGAGAAGCCUCCUCAUACACCACCCCUCCUGGGGACAUCUCCCCGCCCUCGAUCAGCGUUUACAUUGUUGCAGUCUGUGGUACUGACAGCUUUUCUAUGGACAGUCUAAAACCACGCUGGCUGGAGAACAUGCGUGUCUCAUUACUCACUUGGCACUUGUGUGUAUGAAGUUUUGACUGUUGAUGUGAAAGUGUGCGCGGCCAGGGAUUCCUGCUGACAAUGUGCCAUAUAGGUCUAUUAAAGUAUUCGUCUGUGUUAUGUGAUAAGAAUCUUUUUUCAAAUAAAUGUCAAACAU